AUGAAGUACAAGAUUACAGUGACAACUGGGACUCUGCGUGGUGCUGGUACGGAUGCAUCUAUUUCAAUCAAACUCACUGGUAAUAGUAUAUUUUAAUUUUGUUAACCUCGGUUUCUGUGUGUGUGUCUGCAUGUGUAUAUGUAGUGUUGGGUUUUAACUACAACACGUUUAAAAAACAAUCAAACAAUUUAGAUGACACGACAUUCCAUGGUGAUUCCAUCGUAAUUCCAUCCACACGUAAUUCCAUCACUUUUCGAAAAUCCAAUAUACAUUAGAAUGAAUGAAUACGGUGUAUAUACUUCACGCUAUAGUUAAAAUAUCACUUCAGUGCACGUUAAAAUGAUAAAUGAUUGUAUGUUACCCUAACUGGAUCAAGGAUAACACCAGAAAUUCAUGCUGCAUGCCACAGCCCCUCGCCUUUAAAUUACGUUUUCAGGCCUUUCAGGGGGGGGAGGGGGCAAUUUGACCCGGAAUCCCAGUUUAAGGGGGCCACAAAAUUUGAAAUAUUUGAAAAAAAAUUUGGAACGUUUUUUGAUAUAAAUAAUGGUGUGAGAAAAAAUUUCUAGACUUAAAUUUUAUGAAAAAAUCAGUUUUACCCAUUUUUUAACAGGAAUUUGUGGGGAAAAAUUUUUUUGAAACUUAAUUUAACUGGUGCUUGUCUGGAAAGAUUUUGUGAUCUAUUUUUAAAGCCGGGAAAAAAAAUUAACCCCCCCCCCCGCUAUAUUUAUUGCAAAUAAAAGUGGAUAUAUGUCUUUAAUAUACUAAUAUUUUUUAUGACAGGUUCUUCUUUAUCCUUUCCUCUUAAUCGCUUAUUUGAAUAUUGUAACCGUUUGAAACUAUUUGUACAGUAUACAUAUGUAGUACACGCCUGUAAAUAAAACUAGUUUAAUUGGUCUAAAUAUGUUGUUAACAAUACAACGAAACGUUAGCCAAGUUUUUCUUUUUAUUUUCAAACAUUUCAAAAUUACCACUUGGAGGUCUAUAGAUAGUACCAACGAUGACAUUUUUACUAGUUGUUGAAAUGAUUUCAAUGAAAAGCGUUUCAAUUAUUCCAUCCUCACUUAUAUUCAGGUCAGUUCGUAGUUUGUAGUUUAAACUACAUGAAAUAGAAAAUCCCACUCCGCCGCCUUUUCAAUUUUCUCUGUUAGAACAAAUAAAAUCACUAAGAUUGAAAUUUUCACUAUUUUAUGUCAUUAAGCCAAGUUUCAGUUAAGCUAAUUAUUGAAAAAGGUUGUUUUAAAGUAUUUAGUAGAUUUCUAAACGAGUCAAUCCUAUAUUCCAUACUUCUUAUGUUCAGGUUUAGUAUUGAUAGUUUUUUGCUGUCAGAAUUAAUUACAGCAAAGUCAUUUGGUAGGUAAUAGUUGCAUGUUAAACAAGAUCUUCCGGCAAAUAAUUUUCAAAAUGUUUAGCGUUAGUUAUGUUGUUAUCAAAGCCUAGAGGAUUAAACUUGAGUUGUGUUAGUCUAUCCAUAGUUAAUAGAGGAGAUGGUUUGGAAGCUCGUUAGCAUUACAACAAAAUCACAAUAAACCUCAUUAUCUAUGUUGUUCAGGCAGUAUGCAAAAAUGUGGUCUUUCAUCGUCACGUGCGUAUUGUAUUUUUCUCAAGUCAACCAAUAGGAAUGUUCAAAAUGUCCUAUUGUUAAAGUCAUGGAUGAGCAAUUGGACAAAACCGUUGCUAUUGGUUGGUUGAGCAAAAAUACAAUACGCACGUGACGAUGAAAGACCACAUUUUUGCAUAAACCUGAACAAAAAUAUAGAUAGUGAGGUUUAUUAGUGUAAUGCUAAUGAGUUUGCAAACCAUCUCCUCUAUUAACUAUGAUCGCAUAGAAGUCGAUUAAAAUUGACAAAAAUAAAAUGGAAUUCUAAAUCAUCAAUUGAAUAAAAAGGAAGCGAACAACUUAAGCACAUGUUGCACAUAUCAAUUCCAGUUUGAUGACAUGUGACUGGUAAUUUUAUGCAUGAGGCGCGAGUAUGAAACCGUACCGGCCCGUAUGUGAGACACUUAAUGCUUUUUUAUUUUUACUUAUUUUAAGAGAACGGGUAGGACAUAAUUCCUUAUCUAAACUUAGACUGGCCAUAUCUGGUCAUGUAUAUACGAUUAAAAGUGAAAAAUAACUCUACUACUAUCAGUUAUGUUGAAUAUGGGUUGAAUGUUUGAACUCGACAUUGUUUAUAUACAACCUGUGUCGAACCAUACGUACUCUGUGACCUUGCGCUUUCGCCUUCUUCAUUUCUGGAUAUAAUGAUUGCCUAAUCUUUUCGAAUUCUUCGGGAAAUUGUUCCGCGAUUCCAAUGCUUGUUCCUCUGAGUUUCCUGGCAUUCAUUCGAAUAAGUUCGCGGUCUUGAAAAUAGUUAAAUUUCACAACGAUUGCUCUCGGCUUACUGUUGCUAUCACGUUUCCUUCCGACUCGGAGAGAUCGAUCUAUUUUGAUCUUCUCUCUGGAAUCAGCGAUUUGUAAAUUUUCUUCAAGGAUUUUGUAAAUCUUGUCGCUCGUGUUUCCUUUUUCGUCUUCUUGAACAUUGUAAAAUGUAGGUUGUCCCGCAUGGAUCGAGUCUUGAGAUCAAUCACGCUGUCUAUAGCAGAUGUUGAUUUGCUUCCUACUAACGCGCAGAUUUUUUUCUUUGUUUUCUUGAUCAGAUCUCUUUGUUUCUACCACCUCCUCCUUGAACUCUUUUACUUCGGCGUGAGCGAAUUCAAUUGAAUUUUUCAUAUCUAUUAACUCUCAUUCAACGCAAGCGAUGCUUUGCUUAAUUUCAUCCAACGUGUCUAAUUUCGCCAUGUUGGCUUUGAUCAUCUCGAACUUUUCGUCAAUUCUGUCCAUUUCUGGUCGUUUUUCUUCGUUUUUUUUUCUGGUAAUCUGCUUGGUGUUUCAUUAGCUUUAGAGGCAUUCGUUUUCUUUUUAUCAAUUGGAGUAUUUACGGUAAAUUUUGAUUCUUUUUGUGCGCUGCUUCUCAGAGCGUGCUUCGACAUGAUAUAUGAUAUGACUUUGCAUGGUCUUUAAGAAAUCGAUCAAGAAAUAUGCUUUAUUAAUAGUGCUUUAUCGAAAAGAGGCCUUAGACAACACGUAAAGAUACACCUCUCUUACUUUUACAGGUAAAGAUGGAGCCGAAACAGGUAAAUUCAAGCUCGACAAGUUUUUUCACGAUGACUUUGAAAGAGGUGAAACCGAUACUUAUGAAGUGAGUGGCGAUGACGUUGGGGAUGUUGUAAUGAUCAUAUUGAAUAACAAUGGAAUGGCUAUAAAAAGCGAUUGGUAUAUUGCUAAAGUCGUUGUGGAGAAGAUGAUUGAAGGUGGAACCGAGAAGUAUGAAUUUCCUUGCUAUCGUUGGGUUGUUCAUCAUUUGGUCGUCUACGAAGGCAAAG